AUGUAUCAUGCUCUUGAGGAGCGCCUCAAAGCCAUUGAGGUUGCUAAGACUUCAAGCUUCAAUACUGCUGCUUUGUGCUUAGUUCCUGGGAUUGUUAUCCCCCGGAAGUUUAAAGUGCCUGAUUUUGACAAAUACAAAGGGGUCACCUGCCCAGAGACUCAUCUCCGUUCUUAUUGUCGUAAGAUGGCUGCUCAUGCUGAUAACGAGCCAUUGCUUAUGCAUUUAUUUCAAGACAGUCUCACUGGGGCUCCGUUAGAAUGGUAUAUGCAGCUUGAAAGGACUAAUAUUCGUUCUUGGGGGGAGCUUGCCGACGCUUUCUUGAAGCAUUAUCACUAUAACACUGCUAUGGCCCCUAGUCGUGCUCAACUUCAGAAUAUGGCACAAAAGCCUGAGGAAUCCUUUAAAGAGUACGCCCAGAGGUGGCGGUCGUAUCUUCAGCACAUGGUCAGUAAUACUUCUCCUUCCUUCUCAGAUGUGGUUAUCAUUGGUGAACGAGUUGAGAAUUGUGUUGAAGCUGGUACCAUUCAAUGUGUGGCUGGUCCUAACAACUCUAAUGGAAAUGGUAAGAAGCCAUACUCUGGAUUUGUGAAGAAGAAAGAAGGUGAGACUAGCACCGCCUCUGUUGACCAAGGCCAAGCUCCUGUAUAUUCCGGUUUUCCGCCUCCAUAUUAUCCAAUGCCUUAUGUUGUUCCUAGCCCGUAUGUCCCUCAGAAUCGCCAGCAAAAUCCAAGGCCUCAAGGUCAAAGAGCUCCACAGAGGCAAAGAUAUCUUGAAAGGCAUAUAGACCCAGUUCCAAUGCCAUAUGCUCAUAUUCUUCCUCAAUUGCUUGCUAAUCAGUUGGUACAGCUUCGUGAACUUGGUCCUCCACCUGAUAUUCUUCCCCCAGGAUAUGAUAAUAAUCUUAUGCCUCCCCACGCAGGUGCGACCAAUGCUAUUGAAUUGUGUGACGAGCAGAUAUCGGUAACAGAUGUUAAUGAGAUCAGGAUGCCGCUCGCAAUCGUUAGAGAACAUCUCGUGCAACAAGGGAUCUUGCGUGAACUCCACGACUUUUGUUUGCAAUGUUCCUCUAAUCCAGAGGAGUGUGCCAGGUUGAGAAAUGAAAUUCAAAAGCUGAUAGAUGAAGGCAUUCUUAGGGUGGAAAGAGUUGUUUCUGAUGAAGAUGUGGCUACUCUAGAAAUCCCUUACUAUCUCGCUGAUGUGUCAAAGGCUCAAGGAACCCCUUUGAUUAUUCAGGCUCCGAGAACUCCGUUGGUUAUUCAGGCUCCGAGAACUCCGUUGGUUAUUGAGGCUCCGAAUACUCCUCUGGCCAUCCAUUCCCAGGCUCCUUCAACUUCAUCUCCCGCUUCUUCUUCAUUGGGUGAUUCUAAGGUCGUUCCUUGGAGUUAUAAUGAUGUUGGUCGAAUCUUUGCUGCUCCGCCUCCCCCUCCCAAAGAGACCAACAAGGAUGUUAAUGCACAGACAAAGGGGAAGCAAGUUGCUGUUGAUCCUCCUGAGCCCCGUACUGCACAAGACGCUGAAUAA